AUGUCACUAUCAAAAAUCUGGGUUGCCCCGAGUAUUUGCGUAUCAUUUUCUCUGUUCCCAAGUACAUACCAGGUUCUACGACAAUCGGAAAAUCCAAAGAAGAUGCAAAAUACCGACUGUGGCUGCGCUCUACUGGCACUACGAACGCUGGCACGCGUCGAAGAGAUCACCACAUCAUCGCAGGUACCGCUUGAGACUGCUCUCCACAUUACAUCCACGGUAGAGCAGCCCUCCCUAUCUGUACUGAGUUGCGAGCGAUGUCGCCAACAGCGCGUCCCGCUUACUGCUGUCACUGUCCUGUGCGCCCAUCUUGUCGACUGGCUGUGCCUAAUAUGGGAUCUUGACAACGAAGACACCGCUACGAAUUCCACAGAGCUUAGUAGUACCACUACUUCCCUGGACACCUUAACUCCAGCUACGGCCAACACUACCAACGCAGCUGAGACUCAGCAUACGACCCGAUAUACUACCAAACACGCGAAUCGGCCUUGGAAAUUCUCUUUCGGCAGCUACGACGUUGCCGCCGACGAAGCUUAUGCUGUCAGUAUUGAACUGAUGACGCUGCGCCUCACCGGUCUCUCCGGCGUCCUUGGUUCGCUCGAAGCCGCCCUCGUAACAUCUGGGUCUUCCUCAUUUUCCUCAUCUCCUUCAAGUAGAGGAACAAACGAGACAGCCGACGAUAAGGCAGACUUUGCACCAGCUUAUCUUGACCUCGUGCGUACGAAUCUACGUCGUGUGCGAGCAUGCAUUCGCCGUCUCAAAGCACAGUCGCUACUGGUUGCCUAG